AUGUCGUCACAUUCGGCGAAAACCAUGUCUGAAAUAGCCGCGGAUGCGCUGUCGGAUCGGUUUAGGAACACGCUGACCGUCGGGGAAAAGGACGGCGUCGUUAGCGUUGACAAGCCGGACUUCCGGGAGCUUGAUCUGUGGUCGCCGGAAACGCCGCUUCGAACCCGCAGUGGUGGUGGGCUCCCCGCGUCGGCUUCCGCCGCUACCACCACCGCAACCAGCAGCAGCUCCAGUUCGUCCGGAUCGGUCACGGACCGAGCCUCGGCGGUGCCCAACUCGCAUUUGCCCCAAAGAUCUGGUCCCAAUACCAACAGCCACUCGGGCGAGCUUUCCGUCGAGAGUUCCCCUUCAUCAGCUAUCCGAAACUCCCGUCCGGGUCACACCCGGUCCCGCUCAUGCGGGUCCCACCAGCUAUUCUUCUCCGGAUCGGGUUCUGUCAACUCCCCGCCUGCGAAUGUGGUGCCCACCGGGAACAUCUGCCCUUCCGGCCGGGUCCUGAAAACCGGCAUGGCCAGCCGGUCCACGAAACCCGAUGUUCUAGCAAUUUCUAUUUCGCCGGCAAAUGCUGCCUAUCAUUUCAAUCGUGCGGCGGCAUUGACGGGUUUGAGGCGGUUGUUUGAGGCAGUUAGAGCAUAUGAGGAGGCAAUUAGGCUCGAGCCGGGGUAUGUGAAGGCACACCACCGGUUGGGAUCUUUGUUUCUUAGUUUAGGACUGGUCGAAAAUGCGAGGAAGCACAUUUGUUUUUCAGGGCACCAACCAGAUCCUGUAUAUUUCCAAAAGUUGCAGUCAGUGGAAAAGCAUCUGAGCAGGUGUGCUGAUGCCCGUAGAGUAGGUGACUGGAGAAGUACUUUGAGGGAAAUCGAUGCCGCCAUUGCCUCUGGAGCCGAUGCUUCUCCUCAGCUGUGCGCUUGCAGGGCAGAAGCUCUCUUGAAGCUUCACCAAUUGGAUGAUGCUUUCUCGGCCAUGUCGAAUAUCCCUAAAUUUGAACCAUCCACAACUCAUCCUCCCCAGAGGAUUUUCGGAAUGCCUUUUGGAGCGUACAUAUUAUAUGUAAGAACUCAAGUAGAAUUAUCCAAGGGGAGGUUUGAAAGUGCUCUAUCAGCCGCAGAGAAAGCUAAAGAGAUGGACCCACACAAUGUUGAGAUCUCAAACUUACUCAACAAUGUGAGGUUGGUAAGCCGAGCUCGUGCCCGUGGGAAUGACUUAUUCAGAUCAGAAAGGUUCACUGAGGCUUGCUUGGCAUAUGGGGAAGGUCUCAGGCUCGAUCCCUCGAACUCUGUUCUGUACUGCAAUAGAGCUGCUUGUUGGUAUAAGCUUGGGAAGUUGGAAAAAUCAUUGGAUGAUUGCAAUCAAGCUCUUCAGAUUCAGCCUCGUUACACUAAAGCUCUGCUUCGAAGGGCUUUGUCUAACAGCAAGCUCGAACGGUGGAGUGAAGCUGUGAGGGAUUAUGAGGUUUUGAGAAGGGAACUCCCGAAUGACAAUGAGGUCGCCGAGUCUCUAUUUCACGCGCAAGUUGCACUUAGGAAAUCACGUGGAGAGGAGGUGUACAACAUGAAAUUUGGUGGGGAAGUUGAGUCGGUUUCUGGUCCUGAGCAAUUCCGCGCUGCAAUUCUAUCAUCCGGAGCAUCUCUGGUUUUUUUCAAGACAGGUUCCAACGCACAGUGCAUUCAAAUUUCACCCUUCUUGGAUGCAUUAUGCAUCCGAUAUCCAUCAGUUAAUUUUCUGAAGGUAAAUAUAGAAGAGAGCCAGGCAAUUGCAAAUGCGGAGAAUGUCAAAAUAGUGCCGACAUUCAAGAUUUACAGAAAGGGCAUCCGAGUCAAGGAAAUGGUAUGCCCGAGUCCCGAAGUUCUGGAGUCAUCUGUGAGGCAUUACAGUAUAUGA